AUGGAGAAUAUUCAAAUCAUCUGUAACAACAAUCCUGCUACUGCGCAUCUCUCCAACGGAUCUCUGUGUAUACGUAUAGCCCACCAAAUCAUAGAGAUAUCUCCGCCACUAAUACAGCACGCUCUUCUCGAUAACAUAAUUCUCGCUGUUCGGCUUCGUGAUCUCUCUGCGUUACAUCUCUCUUUCAACGACGCACACACAGCUGAAGAGUACUACAAUGCUCUAAAAUCAGCCUGUAUAGCUCUGAAAAGACCGUCCAUAUACAAUCUUCCCGCUUUCCAUCGCAGCUCGCCACCAAAUCCAUCCAGCUGGUCCAUUUACGACCCAAUCGACGAAUUCAACAGGCAGGGAUUGGCAGAUAACAAAUUGUGGCGCAUAACACACAUGAACAAAGCUUACUCCCUCUGUCCGACUUACCCAGCCAUACUCGUCGUGCCUGCCAAAAUAUCUGACAGCGUCCUCAACUACGCAUCGAGGUAUAGAUCCCGCCAGCGCAUACCAACAUUGACAUACAUGCAUUGGAACAACAACGCCACCAUCACUCGCUCUGCGCAGCCACUCGUUGGACUCAAGAAUGCGCGCUCAAUCCAAGACGAGAAGCUGAUAGAGACGAUAUUCACGUCGCAUGUACAUGUCGAGAGUGCGAGUGCAUAUGGCAGUACACCUACCAAUCUCAUUAUGGAUGCUCGUCCAACCACCAAUGCCAUGGCGCAACUCGCUAACGGUGCCGGAACCGAGAACAUGGAUCACUAUAAACAGUGUAAGAAAGUUUAUUUGGGGAUUGAAAAUAUACACAUAAUCCGCGAUUCCCUGGGGAGGGUGCUGGAUGCGCUUGGCCUGAGUGAUCCAGCUGGUUUGCGGGGUGGCGGUGGUAGUAGCAGCAGCAAUAGCAGCAGUAGCACCACCAUCGACCACCACCUACUUCGCAACACACUGCAGAAAUCCGGUUACAUGAAACACAUCCAUGCAAUUCUUGCAGGCACACUCACCACAGUGAAGAACAUUCACGUGCAUUCCUCCCAUGUCCUCGUGCAUUGCUCGGAUGGCUGGGAUCGCACAUCACAAGUUGUAUCACUUGCGCAGAUCUGUCUCGAUCCAUUUUACCGCACCAAGCGAGGAUUGGCAGUGCUAAUAGAGAAAGACUUCGUGUCAUUCGGGCAUAAAUUCGCCGAGCGCAGUGGCCACCACACGCAUCGACCAUUCUACCGCACGGACGAAGUGAGCGGGGAGAUAGCGCGUGAUCGUGAAGGGGAGGCGGCGAACAUGCAUGACAAGUUCUCCCUCUUUCCAGGACAAUCGCAGAGUCAAUCCCACAAAGAAAUCAGUCCAGUGUUUCUGCAAUUCCUCGACUGUUUAUGGCAGAUACAGCGACAGCAUCCGGAGCGUUUUGAGUAUAAUGACAGGUUUUUGCUGGCGCUGCUGCGCGAAGUGUACAGCUGCACAAGCGGGUCUUUUCUUGCAGAUAGCGAACGUGCACGUCGCGUUCCAGAUCCACUCGAUGGCAUGCACCGCGCUCCUGUCGUCGAGAGCACUUCUGCAGUUUGGGAUUACAUACUAGAUGAUAGCACGCGAGAGGAGUUCUCUAAUUCCUCCUACAACCCUACCCUCGAUGAGCGCUCUAAGGGGGAUAUGGGCGUGCUGCUUCCUUCUCCCGCUCAAAUACGGUGGUGGACUGGCCUGUUUGGGAUGCAGGCCGACUGCGAUACUUCUACUACUCAGGAUGCUGCCGAGACUGUCGAGAAGGCGGCUGACGAUCCUGUCUUGAAUGCGAGUGCGAAUGUCGGUAAAGGUGGACUGGGACUUAAGGGCGAUAACGGGCCAUCGUCAGGACGGAAAAGCAGCACGGGUCAACUCGCUUCCUACUUUGACAGCUGGUCGAAGAGUGGAGUGAGUGGGGUGAGUGCGGCGGCAGCAGCAGCAUCAGCUACAGCUCCAGCAUCGUCUUCAAAAACCAAUUCCACUUCCACUUCCACCCCUUCAUCAAACAUCUCUACACAAUCAACGCACUCCACACCGUCCACAUCCACACAUCGUUUUCUCUCCAACCCUUCCAAAUCCCCUUCGCUUUCCUCUCACACAACCAGCAACACGAGCAUGUUCUCUAAAUUCACUAAGCCGAUGUCGGGCAACAUGAAUGUGAACAUGAACAUGGCAGGCGUUGCCAAUAUGGCUCGUGGACUGGGUACGCACGUGCACACGCACGUUAGCAAUCUCGGUCAUUUCGGCGCUGGUCUUGCAAGCGAAUAUGCCAAUAUGGAGAGUCGGUUCGGUGGGCUGCGCGUAGGUGAGAGUGACGAUGGGAGUGGGAGUGAGAGCAAGAGCAAAACCAAGCAAGACGACAGCUUGCCACCGCGGCUGCGAGCUGGUGGCAGUAGGAGUGGCAGCACAAGUGCGAGUGGCAGAAGCACCCCCACCUACACCACCAACAAUACUAACGUAGAUACCCUGUUCGAUCAAGAUGAUCAAGAUGGUCCAGAAAAUCAAGACGAGAGCGCUGCUAUACCGCACAAGCUGAAAGAGUCAUUGAGUGUUGAGAAUGUGCUUGGUUUGGGAAAGGAACAUGAUGCACACACUCAACCUCAACUUCAAAAAGCAUCACAGUCACUGUCUCACUUGCAAAAUCACCCUCCCAGCCGCAUACAGGCUCCACGACAAGCUAAACAGACGCAAUCUCAACAAAAGCAAAAGCUUGAAAAUGUACAGUACACUGACUCCCAACAAAAGCAAGACCCAUUAGGCGUGAAGUACAUGUGA